UGAAGAUGACAUCAGCCUGAAAGAUGUCGAGAAGUGAGAAUCGCAAGAUCCCAGCAUACCAGUCCCAAGCCAUGGAGCCCCUGUCUAUCAAUCUCGGGGUACCAUAUGUUGGAGCUUUCAGGGAUCCCCAUUCUCACAGACUUUGGGCAAAUGCGACCCUUGGAGCCCGGCAACCGGGAUUGGUGGAUGCCUGGUCUAUAUCGUGCGUCAGAAGUGCUCCUAAACCUCCCUUGGGGCUUUCCGGUUGAUAUCUGGUCGAUUGGAGUCAUGACACUCGAGCUGUUGGAAGACAAGAACCUUUUCGGUCCUAUAGAUCAAACCAACAACCAAUAUGUUCUUCUACUGGCCAUGGCCCAGUACAUCGGCUAUCUCGGUCUCCCGCCACUAGAGAUGAUCAAGCAAAGCCCGCUUUCGAUGUAUUUCGAUGGCCAAGGAAACAGGGUAUCCAACUCUCCAAUCCCGCAAACCUCCUUUGAAGAUUUCGUAAUCCCCAUUCCUCCAGGAGAGGAAAAAGACAUGUUUCCGAGGUUAGAGCUACGGCGAAUGAAAUAAUCCAGGACGAGCGGCUUAUGCGGCCUGUUGAGAUGCUCUAGGUCGUCACAGAGG